AUGACGCUGAUAGGCGCCGACGAGUCCCUGCGACCCGACCGCCUCGGGACCCGUGAUCGAUGGUGCGCGUUCGUAAAGUUCAGCUCGCACCAGGAGGCGCAGGCAGCCAUCACGAGCCUGCACGGAAGUCAAACUAUGCCGGGUGCGUCAUCGAGCCUCGUGGUGAAGUUUGCAGAUACAGAAAAGGAGCGACAAUUGCGACGCAUGCAGCAGAUGGCUGGUAACAUGAGUCUGCUCAACCCCUUCGUGUUCAACCAGUUCGGAGCCUACAGUACCUACGCACAAGUCAUCACAGAACAGCAACAAGCGGCGUUGAUGGUCGCAGCGACGGCACAGGGCUACAUCAGUCCGAUGACUGCACUCGCCUCGCACGCUCUCAACGGCAUGUCGAAUACUGUGGUACCACCCUCCUCGGAUAACUUCUCUGGCCUAGCGAUAGGCACAGGUGGUGGGCAACCACUGAAUGGAGCUCUGCCAUCGUUGCCCUCUCCAACUAUGCCUGGAUUCAACAUGGCCGCCCAGACUGCUAAUGGACAGCCCCCGCCGCAAGAUGCCGUCUAUACCAAUGGCAUCCAUCAGACCUUCACUGGACCUGUUCCAGUAACUGCACAAGGCCUGCCCAACGGUGAGGCAGCAGCACUGCAACACGCGGCUUACCCGGGCAUGCAGCCGUUCCCCGGAGUCGCUUAUCCAGCGGUAUAUGGGCAGUUUCCGCAGCCCAUCCCGCCACCGAUGUCAACAAUUGCGCCCGCGCAAAGAGAAGGCUGCUCCAUCUCGGGCCCCGAGGGCUGCAACCUGUUCAUCUACCACCUGCCCCAAGAGUUCGGAGACGCCGAGUUGAUGCAGAUGUUUCUGCCCUUUGGCAACGUCAUCAGCAGCAAAGUAUUCAUCGACCGCGCCACCAACCAGAGCAAAUGUUUUGGCUUCGUAUCGUUCGACAACCCGGCGUCGGCGCAGGCGGCGAUCCAGGCGAUGAACGGCUUCCAGAUCGGUAUGAAGCGGCUGAAGGUGGCGGCCGGAGCGCACGGCACGCCCGAGGCGCGCCUGUUCGCGUGUUAUCAACAAUUCUAUGGAAUUUACUACACAUUUAUUGUAUAG